CUGAGCUACUCCCAUUCCGUUCCGUUCCAUUCCCAGCCUUAAACCUUUCGACUCUCCACCAGCCCCUAGAGCAGAGCGAGGACUCGAGCACUAGCCCGCCUGCUCCUCCUCCUCCUCCUCUGGUUCAACCGCGGUUGGUUACACAGAGCCAGCCAAGAAGCGUAUACACGGGAGGGAGGGAGGACGGCGAUGAAGUACGUGGUGGUGACCGGCGGCGUGGUGAGCGGGCUCGGCAAGGGCGUCACCGCCAGCAGCAUCGGCGCCGUGCUCAAGGCCUGCGGCCUCCGCGUCACCACCAUCAAGAUCGAUCCAUACCUCAACACCGACGCCGGCACAAUGUCUCCGUUCGAGCAUGGCGAGGUCUACGUUUUGGACGACGGUGGAGAGGUGGACUUGGACCUUGGAAACUACGAACGUUUUCUGGACAUCAAAUUGACCCGUGACCACAAUAUAACCACAGGAAAGGUGUAUCAGGCUGUCAUUGACAAAGAAAGGAGAGGAGACUACUUGGGGAAAACCGUCCAGGUUGUGCCACAUAUCACUGAUGAAAUUCAGGAUUGGAUCGAACGCGUGGCGAUCAAGCCGGUCGACGGUAAAGAAGGGCCUCCUGAUGUUUGUGUAAUAGAACUCGGUGGCACUAUAGGGGAUAUUGAAUCAAUGCCUUUUAUUGAAGCAUUAGGUCAAUUUUCAUACCGUGUCGGACCUGGAAAUUUCUGCCUGGUCCAUGUCAGCCUUGUUCCGGUACUAAAUGUAGUUGGUGAACAGAAAACUAAGCCUACCCAACAUAGUGUUCGUGGUCUAAGGGGACUCGGGUUGGCACCUGACAUUUUGGCAUGCCGCAGUACCGAGCCACUGGAGGAACAUGUGACAACCAAGCUCUCACAAUUCUGCAAUGUGCCAAUCUCAAGUAUUGUGAACCUCCAUGACGUUACAAACAUUUGGCACAUCCCCUUGUUGCUAAGGGACCAGAAGGCACAUGAAGCCAUUCUGAAAGUUUUAGAUCUUCAGCUUGUUGGCAAAGUACCUCGAGAACCUAAGUUAGCUGAAUGGACCGAAAGAGCCAGCAAGUUUGACAAACUGAAAACUCCGGUUAAGAUCGCCAUGGUUGGAAAAUAUACUGGCCUGUCGGAUUCUUAUCUAUCUGUUUUAAAGGCUCUCUUGCACGCAUCAGUUGCUAUGGAAAGGAAACUUGUACUGGAGUGGGUUCCUUCCUGUGAUCUUGAAAAUUCUGCAGCCAAAGAGACCCCUGAAGCCCAUCAGAAAGCAUGGAAAUUACUGAAGGUUAGCAGAUUUGACAUUCUUGACUACUGCCAUGUGCAAUUCUUGAUACUUCUGUUGAGUCAUCUGAAGAAAAUUCUACCUCAGGGUGCGGAUGGUGUGCUUGUUCCUGGAGGCUUCGGAGAUAGAGGAGUUGAGGGCAAAAUUCUCGCCGCAACAUAUGCACGGGAAAAGAAUGUUCCUUAUCUUGGCAUUUGCUUGGGUAUGCAAGUCGCUGUGAUCGAGUUUGCCCGUUCGGUCAUGAAACUAGGUGGCGCAAAUAGCACAGAGUUUGACCCGGCCACAGCAUCACCCUGUGUCAUCUUCAUGCCAGAGGGCUCCAAAACCCAAAUGGGGGCGACGAUGCGCCUUGGAUCAAGGAGGACGCAUUUCCUAGCCAAUAACUGCAAAUCCGCAAAGCUGUAUGGCAAUGCUACCUCCAUUGAUGAAAGACAUCGACACAGAUAUGAGGUGAACCCUGAAAUGGUCCCAUUGCUUGAGAAGGCGGGUCUUUCAUUUGUUGGCAAGGAUGAAAGUGGAAGACGCAUGGAGAUCAUUGAGCUGCCGAAUCAUGUGUUCUUCAUCGGUGCACAAUUCCAUCCUGAAUUCAAGUCAAGACCAGGAAAGCCAUCUCCGCUUUUCUUAGGGUUAAUAGCGGCAGCGUCCGGACAACUAGACCUGCUGCUCAAGCGCAGCUGCAGCGUCAUCAGUUCGAAACCGACGCCACCCAGAUAUAGCACCAACGGCACCGGCACCGCGGUCCUGACCAUAAAACCUUACCCCAACGGGCACGCAAAGAAGGCACUCACCAGCUUGGUGAACGGAUGCUACGCGAAUGGCAACGGCAUCCACAUCUAACUGAGCAGCCGCGGCGUCACACAACAUUCGUUUCUGCUGCUUUGCUCGUACCCUCUCGUCUCUCUUUUUUUCCGGGAUUUCUUUGGUUUUGGAUUUGGAACUGCUCAAAUGAGGAGGCGAAGGGGUGUUUUAAGUGUUUUGCAUGGCCCCCCUCCACGAAAAUCUCCUCUCACUUGGAGCAACUCCAUUGAGGAUCUGGAGCUGCCAGAGGAAGUGUUUGGCUAGCCUAAAAGGUUAGCUAUUGAAGCUCCGGCCGUCAACACGCGUUUCUGAUAUUUUUACGAGGAACGUCCUCCAGUCAUGUUGAAGCAAAGGCUGUUUCCCCUAGGGUCUAGUGUGGUGUAUUCCUUUUGUUUUCCCAAAACUGUUUUGUAUCUUCAAUGGACCGAAUGAACGGAAACCAGAUUUACUUGGUCUAAUAGUUAUCUUUCUGAAUCAACAAUAUGUAUCACUUUAAUGUUGAGUGCUAGUAAUAGUCUCACUUUAUUUAUUUCCAAUAAAUUGCACUAAAUCCUAUACUCUACUAAA